AUGGAGGCUACAGUGUUCAACUGCUGGCUCUUUUUUCUGAUGUUUAGCCCUGCUGUUCCCAUGUGUUUACCCACUGAUUUCACCCUGUAUGUGGAAAAGCCAGAAUGUGAGUUCUGUGUGGCAAUAAACACAACCAUCUGCAUGGGAUUUUGCUACUCGAGGGACAGCAACAUGAGGGAUAUUCUUGGCCCACGUUUCCUUGUCCAGAGGGGCUGCACCUAUGAUAAGGUUGAAUACCACACUGCUAUUCUGCCUGGCUGUCCCAUUGAAGCCAACCCUGUCUUCACCUACCCUGUGGCUCUCAGUUGCCACUGCAGUGCAUGCAGGACUGACACUGAUGAGUGCGCACACAGAGCCAGCAUGGAUGGAACAAAGUGUACCAAGCCUGUUAGGCGUAUCUACCCAUAUCCUGGCCACAGCAACUAUGUUAUCCCUUUUUGA